UGCCAGCUCUGCCAGUUGCAUGGGAGAGAGGACAGAGCUGUGAGCUUUUCAACAUUGCCACCGAGCAGCCAGCUGCCCACCCGCACGGUGCUGUGCCAGCCCGGACAGACAUCUCCUAGGCAUCCAUAGGGCAGCGUGGCUCAGAGAGCUGGGAGCAUAAUCCGUGGGGAUGCAGCUGGAGCUCAGCGCCCGGGGACGGUGCCUGGCGGCUGCCGCUUGCAAACGCUAAUCCACAGCCAGCCUGUCCUUGUCCACACCCCACCGAUGGGGUGAGCGCCUUAUCCUCGGAAGGGAUUGACCCACAACAAAGAAACUGAACCUCUGGGUAUCACAUCUGGCCAGUUUCCUUGGAGAGGCUUGGGAAGCAGGUGUUGCUUUCCCAGCCUGCCCCAGGUCCAAUGGAUGGCAUAGCAAUAACAUCACUGUCCAGGGAGCUGGAAUCCUUCCUCGCCUGCCUGCAUGCUGCUUGAACUGAUCCCAAGCCUUUGUUUUUGGACUGAAGAAACCUGAAAACCUUUCUCUCCUAAUUCAUGAGCCAGCAGGAUGUGGUCGCCGUGCUUUCAGAACGCCUGCUUGUAGCCGCCUACAAAGGCCAAGUGGAGAAUGUGGUGCAGCUUAUCAACAGGGGUGCCAAGGUAGCAGUUACCAAGCAUGGCCGGACCCCCCUGCAUCUUGCUGCCUACAAGGGUCAUCUCCACGUUGUCCAGGUUUUGUUGAAGGCCGGUUGUGAUCUGGAUAUUCAGGACGAUGGUGACCAGACAGCAUUGCACCGGGCUGCUGUGGUAGGGAACACUGAUGUAAUAGCAACUCUGAUUCAAGAAGGCUGUGCUUUGGACAGACAAGACAAGGAUGGGAACACUGCUCUUCAUGAAGCUUGUUGGCAUGGAUUCAGUCAGUCUGCCAAAGUGCUUGUUAAAGCAGGAGCCAAUGUUCUGGCCAAGAACAAGGCAGGUAACACACCUCUUCACCUGGCUUGCCAGAAUAGCCAUUCCCAGAGUACUCGUGUUUUGUUACUUGGAGGAUCUCGAGCAGACCUCAAAAAUAAUGCAGGAGAUACCUGUCUGCAUGUGGCUGCUCGUUAUAAUCACUUGCCCAUCGUUAGGGUGCUGCUCAGUGCUUUCUGUUCUGUCCAUGAAAAGAACCAGGCAGGGGAUACUGCACUCCAUGUAGCUGCUGCUCUAAAUCACAAGAAGGUGGUGAAGCUCUUGCUGGAGGCAGGGGCCGAUGCAUCUGUUGUCAACAAUGCAGGCCAGACCCCUCUAGAGGUUGCCAGACAGCACAACAACCCCGAGGUUGCGCUCCUGCUCACUAAGGCAUCACAGGUCUUGCGUUUUAACCGUGGGAGAAGCCUGAGGAAGAAGAGAGAGAGACUGAAGGAGGAAAGGAGGGCUCAGUCGGUGCCACGAGAUGAAGUGGUACAGAGCAAGGGCAGCGUCUCAGCUGCUGACGACACACCAAGCAGUGACCAGCCCCCAGAGAGGAAGAACAAUCUGAAGGAUAAACCCCGGUCAGCCUCACCAGAUCCCAAAGGGAAAAAGAGCAAAAAGAAAAAGCCAAAGGAAAAGGUUUCAGCACUCUCGGACCCCAUCUCCCCAGCUGAUCAGCAGACACUCCCUCAGCCCCAGCAGAACGUGCCUAAGCGCAGAAGUAAACACCACUGCUCCUCUCCACCCCCUCCCCACGAGGUCCGAGCCUACCAGCUCUACACACUCUACCGAGGAAAGGACGGGAAGGUGAUGCAGGCACCCAUAAAUGGAUGUCGUUGUGAGCCCCUGAUAAAUAAACUGGAGAAUCAGCUGGAGGCAAGAGUGGAAGAGAUAAAAGCUGAGCUUGGGACAGUACAAGAUAAAAUGAACAUUAAGCUGGGCCAGAUGGAAAGCAAAACUCAACAUCAACUCCGAGUUUUGGACAAGCUGAUGGCCGAGCGACUGUCGGCAGAGAGGACAGAGUGCCUUCACCGCCUGCAGCAGCACACGGAGCUGGAAAAGAGUGAGGGGGAGAAGCGGCAGAUUUCCUUGGUUGAUGAGCUGAAGACCUGGUGCUUGUUGAAGAUUCAGAAUCUGGAGCUCAAGCUUUCUGGAGAUUCCAGAUCAUCAAGACCAAAAUCAACUUUGUCCACUUGUGAGUCUCUCACUGAGACUCUGGAUACUGACAACAACCCCCACAGUGCCAAGGACUGUAAAGCCAACCAGCCUGUGCUGCAGUCAGAGGGCUCCCACCAGCAUUCCUAUAUCACACUUCCAAAUAGCCUCUUGGAAGAUGGGGGAAGGAGCAGAGUCCAGAUGCCAGAACAAAGCUUUGGGCAACACUUUUGCGUUAAACAAGAUGGAGCAUUGGGUACAACCACGUCAGGUACAGAGCAACCGGUAGUGGCUGGUGGACCAGUUUCUUCUUCUGCCCCUGCUCAAGAUGUCAGGCCAAAGGACAAAGCUGUGAGUGCCAGCACGUUUCACAGGUUCCAGCAGGACCUGCCCUCCUCCGAGCUUUCGGGCUCCAAAUUAAGACACGUUAAAGUUCAAGCUGCUUUGCAGCCAGUGACUGAACCUGCAAAGACUGAACCACAGAGUGGCUACUUCAUUGACAAAGGAACUCAGACGAAAAAGUCCAGCAAAAGUGGGCAGUGGAGGCACAAAGCUGUGCACCACGGCGGGGCACAGCAGGGCCAGGAGCAGCAGCCCUCGGCCCCGCCCGCCCCUCCGCUCAGAGACACCUCCCAGGCCCUGGAGAUAACCCAGUACUUCUUCGAGGCCGUUUCCACGCAGAUGGAGAAGUGGUACGAGCGGAAGAUAGAAGAAGCCCGGUGCCAAGCGAACCAGAGAGCGCAGCAGGACAAAGCUGCGCUCAAGGAGCACAUCAAAUGCUUAGAAGAGGAGCUGAGCAAAUUAAGGACUAAGGUGCAGAAAGAGAGCUAGCACUUGCCAGGCAGGUAAUCAAGAAACAAGACUCAUUUUGGAGCCUGCUGUAUGGGAAUUUGGAAUAUUGAUAGAUAUAUGUAGUGCCUGUUACAUCCAAACAUAACACUCUAUUUCAGGAGUAGAAAUAACUGUGGAAACUCCGUAACUGAGGAGAGUUCAUAUGCAAACUAUAUUGAUAACAAAGAGAUGCUGCAGAUCAGAUACUUUCUUUGUUUAUUUCCAAGAGUCUUUCAAUAUUGCACUCUCAGUUUCCAGAUGCUGCUUGAAACCAAACUGCAUUAGUAACCAAAACUGCUUUUUGAAAAGGGAAUUCCCUUAAUUCCACACAGGACACAGAGUAGAGGGUUCUACUGUAUGCCACAUGUAAACAUGUUGUGAUACCAGUACUGAAAUAAAUCCAGCACGUUUGAAAGCUUUAGACAGAAUUGCUUGGUGAUGAAGGGCUAUUGAUCCUAUUUUAAAUACUCCCAGGGCCUCUCUUUAGUCAGUGGAGAGAAGCAAAAGAACCCACUCCAGUUACAAGCCCAGGCAGGAGACAGAUGCAGGCUUCCAGCUGGGAGAGGGCAAGCAACCGUGGAGGGAGAUGCCAAGGCAACUCAUCCCAUCAGGUACAGAGGCUUCAGCUACCACUUUGCUUUUCUCUUGGUUUUCCAUUAUAAAAACAAGUGCUAAAUCUGAUUUGUGUAAUGGUGUCCUGCUUGCAGAGCUCCUUGUGGUUAUACUAUUGUUGGGGCUGUACUCAGUAACCUGACCAAGAACUUUUGUUUAGGGCAUGGAUGGCAAGUAUUUUACUGUAACUGUGGUCUGUUUGUUAGGUUGAAUGCUUAUAUAAAUCUUUUUUCCUUCAAGCAAGAAAUGGCUGAAUUGUCUAGUAUUGGAGAAGCUUGAAAAAGUCCUUUAUCUAAGGAAGUGAAAGCUUGGCUCCCUGUUUUCAAAUGUUUUUUUCUGUAGUCAGGACUUUUUCCCAGGCACCUUGUCCACACUGUCUACCUUUGUUCCUCUGAAUGAUUCCUCCUCUCUUUUUUUCCCUUCUGUCUCUAAAAUGGAGACCAGGCCCUGGUGAGUCUACAGGUUUUAGGACAAACAGUCCCACAAAACAGCACUCAACAUUUUAAGUUUUAUUGAUGUGUUUUGUUUUAAAAUUGGAACUUUCAUUAACCAAUGCUGUCCAUGCUGUCUGACUCCAAAUAAUCUUAAGGCAUUGUAACUAUUGCAUCUGCACCCCUUUAGGGUUUCUUCCUUACACAUCUGAGAAGGCUGCACCAGAUUCUGCUAGAAAAAUAAGUUUACUUACCAGAUCAUGAUAGAACAACUUCAAAAUCAGUUCCAACACAGGAUGAUACUGUUCUGCCAAGGAAAAAAUACUUUUUUCUGUACUAGGGGGCUCUAAAAUCAAUAAAAAAUACUUUACAGUGUUGAAAAACGCCAUUCACUAAUUAGUAAUUAAUCUUCUUAGCAGAUGUAUAAAACAAAACAAGUCAUGUAACAGUAUUUUUAAAAUGCCUAUUAAUGCACUGUCACGACAAGAGAAGUGUAUCUGCAGCUAUGGAAAUACUAGUUUUCUUGCUCUGACUUCUGUAGUCUAAGAUAGACACUUUGGUAUGUUUACAGUUUUGUUUUAAGCUACAGUAGGAAUGCAGAAGCAUGCUAUUGAAGUUUUGUAUCACCUGGAUGAAGUUAAUGUUUUGCCAAGCAAUUAAAGUAAGUGUUGCUCAGAAACGUGUGGUGUAACAUUUUCUAGCCACAGAAAACUGACACAGUCCUCUCACUUGACUCAGAAGGGGGAGCAGAAGAUUGGACUUCAACUUUUAAGCUUUUUGUUUGUGGUUAUAAAACAUGGAAGUUGAGUCUGCCAUCUGUGCCAAGGGAGGUUGCAGGGACUGAGUGCAGUCUGCUGGCUGGUGCAAAUGCCCCUUUCAGAAGAUACAGGCACAGGGCUGAGUUCUACACGCACCACACACACGCUCCUGAGCUUGCCCAAGAUCAAGGGAGAGGCUGUGGCUUUAGCUCUACUUCCCAUACAGAUCACACUGGACCACACUCAUAGGAUCAAGGAAUUUAAGUAAAUCUAAAUAAUUACCCAGUAAUUUAAAGCAAAGAGAAAGCAUUUUCUGCUAAUUUCUUUAUAUACCCCUCCCUUCUUCAAAACUGUGAAGGACUUUAUAGUAAACAGGUGUGAUCUGUCUUCUUUCUCUUCAGGUAAAUUACCCUUGUAGGCUGCACUUGGGACUCUUUAACACUUCUGGCUGGCAACUUUAUCUUGGUAAACCCACAAAGCAGUGGAGAUGAAGGGCAGCAGCACUCAAGAGGUCAGCAUCUGUCCAGGGCCCUGCCUGUCACUCCUAGUUCUGGAUUACUGCCCAUGACCUGGAAACACACAGACUGGCAGUCAAAGGGGUAAUGCAGGCUCUGGGCUCCAAAAGGAAAGCACCACGGUGAGGCAGCAGGGUAAAGCCUCCUGAUUAAGGAACAGAAAUCCAAGCACUGGCUGAAGGGGAAGGGAAGGCUACUGUGGAAACAGCCAACAGUGCUUAUGGCUGUUCAGUCAAAAUACCUUUCUAAGCAGCAGCUUCUCUUAACAUGAAAAAUAAAUCCU